AUGCAAACUCCAUCGCUACCUUCUCUCUUCCUCCUCCUCCUACUCUCUCUAUCAUCACAUUUUUUCAAAAUAGCUUUGAGUGAUGAUGGAGGAUUCUGCUCUGCUCCCUCAGCAUUUAAAACCGAAGCGGCCUCCUCGAAACCUCUCUAUUGGAAAGUCACUAACCCAACACUCUCUCCUUCUCACCUUCAAGACUUGCCAGGUUUCACACGCAGUGCUUAUAAGAGUGACCAUGCUUUAAUAACACCAGAAAGUCAUGUGGAUUCAUAUGCUUAUCUACCCCCAAAUUUCAAACAUUCUCUGGAGUGUGACGCAGCUGCUACCCUUGCUGUCUUUGAACGCAGGUAUGCUUCUCUAGAAAAUCAUGCAACUGAGCAAAUUGUUGGUUCAACAGACCAGCAGCCCCUUCUUGAAACUCCAGGCGAGGCUUUUGAACUUAGAAAGCUUCUGCCUCCAUCAUUACCAUAUGACUUCAAUAUCCAUAUAAUGGAUUUUCAACCUGGAGAAUUCCUUAAUGUGAAGGAGGUGCAUUACAAUCAGCAUGGUUUACUGCUAUUAGAGGGACAGGGUAUUUAUCGUUUGGGUGAUAGCUGGUACCCUGUUCAAUCUGGUGAUGCCAUAUGGAUGGCCCCAUUUGUACCCCAAUGGUACGCCGCACUUGGUAAGACCCGUACACGAUAUUUGCUGUACAAAGAUGUGAAUAGGAAUCCAUUGUAA